UACUGAAACGUCAAAGCAGUCAAAAAUAUUUUUCAAACGUGUGCUUUUGCAAUACAGUAUCUUAAAAAAAACACUGCAGUAAUAGGAUCAAAUCCUAUUUUUGCAAACAGACGGGACACACGCAAAAACAAUGGGUCUCGCGGAGUGCGGUAUACCUGACGACAAAUUACCACAAUGCUGGUCUGACGAUAUACGGAUGAACGCUUUAUUUGCGCCUUUUCGCCUAAAAUCCGCGAAUCCUGAAUCAUGGGAGAUGAAAAUGAAGUUCUGGUCGGAUAUGGUGAGACAAUGGUGUCGGUUUAAAGUUGAUCCUAUAGUGUCGGCCUCUGAUAUGAAGUUUGCCUUCCAAAGGCGGGGACGAACUCCAGCGUGCAUCGAAAUAGUUAUCGAAGAAAUGUAUCGUUCAGGUGAAUUAUCACCUUUGUCGAAGUACCAGCAAAUACUACACAACGGACCCGAGGGCUGGGUCCGCUGGGGCGCUAGGCUAGCCUUUAAACCGGCUGCUUUAGCUCUUACAGCGAUGACAUCGUUCCUGCCAGUGAGAGAAACGACAGACUCCAAUGGUCUUCCUAAAGCUAGUAUAGAUUCAACGCAGCGUUUCGUCCUUGAGAGCGCUGUAAAGGAUCAAGCCACAGAUCUCCUAAAUAACUUUCCAGUUGGUCAAGAGCGCAUCGGAACAAUAGAGGAACUUAUGAGAGCCAGUGGCUACACUAAUCGUGAAAUAUUCGAGGUGCUAUUAGGCUACCUGGUGUCACAGGGCAUGGCUGUCAAGAGCGGAGAUGUGGUUAAGCUGGCGGAGUCUAACAAAAAAGUGUCACCGGUGAGUGAAAUGGACGAGGCGCUAGUGAAGCUGAUGUCGGCUGCGACAAGACUGUCGGGCGACGCGGAGCGACUGUCGCGGGAAGUCGAAGUAGCGGAGAGCGAGGCGAGGUCCGCUGUCAAACUGGGGAAUAAACUUGCGGCCAGAAACCACCUCCGUAGGAAGCUAAAACUGCAACAACGUCUCGAAAGAUGUGAAGCAGCGUUGGAUAAUAUCAAGGAGUUGUUACAGCAAGCUAGAAGCACAGAGAUCAACACAACAGUUGUGGACACGUACAGGAAAAGUGCCCAAGCCAUGAAAAAGACCAUGAAAGACGAGGGCCUAGACGAGGACGCCGUUUUCGACACCAUGGAUAAUUUGAAAGAGGUGAUGGAUAGCUACAAUGAAGUAGAGAAAGCACUGAGUGGCAACCUAGACGACCUAGAUACGACCGAGCUGGAGCAAGAGUUGAACGACCUCUUAUCGAACACUGGCAACACUGGUGGAACUCCGGGCAAGGAGAAAGCGGGAAAAAGUAUAUCGACAAAACUCCCAUCCCCACCGAGCGAUCUCCCAGAGGGUACAAAGAAGAAAUCUGAAAGAGAAUUUGUGUUUGACGGCGAGGAACAGAUGCUCGCCGAGCUGAACAGUCUCGGUUUUGAAGAAGCUAGUCCGGGGAAGGUAGCUGUAGCUGUAGAAGUAUCAACAGAAUCACCGAAAAAGGAGGCCAAAAAGGAUAGGCCGUCUCAAGCUUGGUACCCACCGUCCAAAGAGUGCCUCACCUCCGAUACUUGGUCGAACGAAAGUUUGGACAAAAACUUGGCAGAUAUGGCCAAGCAGUACGUGGAGUUGCGACAAGAUGACAGGAUACACCCUGGCCAACCCCUUAACGUAGACUUCACGACACCCCCGAGGCACUACGGGGCACAGUUCCAGGUUCAAGAUCAUGAGCCAGCGGCCGGUGUGUGGCUCUACAGCAGUAGGGACGAGCUAGGAGCCAGCACAAAAUAUACCAGCUCAGAGAGCCCAGGCAAGUCCGGGGGCAAUUUCCAAAUGGCUCCGGGGGGUGAGAGGAAGAAACCAGACCCUUGGCCCAAAGACGACAGCGUCGAAGACCUGGAGCGGAGACUGAAGAACUUGAGAGGUUUUAAUAUAUAAAAUGGUUUGUGCCUUCAUUUAGGGAAUAAUAGGGAUAAUAGGGAUUAUGAAAUAAUUGCAGUCGGUUUUAAAGAUUUUUAUGUAUUGUUAGAUUCUCGGGAAUUAAGAUUCGAUGGUUUCUAUGGUUAUUGCUUAUGUUUGCUCUCAAAUCGAUGUCAAUAUUAGUUUCCUUUACUUUAUGUCUGUUGUUAUGGAAGUGAACAGUAUAAAAUACUUAUAAA